GUGAGAGAAACCGAUAAAAAACAAGACAAACGAUGUAACCCACUCACUCCUCUUCCUCGUUUACUGUUCUCACAUUCAUAGACACUCUUUGAAAAACACAAAACAGUUAACAACACCUUUUCCUUUUUCUCCUUUAUUUAUUACUACUUCCCACACCCCCUUUUCAUCACCGAUAUUUUAUUCCUUUCCACAAUCCUCAACAAUACAAUUCCAAUUCCCAAUUCAUUAUUUGUCUUUCAUGUUUCGUUAACCCAAUAAUUGAACUUCCAAAACCACUUUCACACACAGAUUCUGAAUAAUCCGGUUUCAACAAGGGUGGAUCGUCAUGUUGUGUGAUUCAAGCAUGCUUUUAUAUUUACCUGAUGAUGUGUUUGCUAUAAUUUCUAGAUCCUUUUCACCAAAAGAUAUAUGUAAUCUGAGUUUAUGCUGCAAGAGCUUGAAUACUCUCGUGGCUUCUGAAAAAAUCUGGUUAACUCAAUGUGAAGUUUUGAGUAUAGUGCCUCAUAAGGAUCUUGUUGAGUGGAGAAAGGGUGUGUCUUGUUAUAAGGCACUUUGUCGUUUUCUGGUGAAAGUUCAACCGUUGAUUGGGAUAUGGGUUCAUCAGAAUCCGGAGCUGGGGAAUGUUGUGUAUGUGAUGCCUGGUUUUGUUUCUGUUGUUGGUUGUAGGAUAAUUCCUCAAGAGCUUGGUCCGUUAGGUAUGGAGGAUGGUCCGAUUCUAUGGGCGUCUGUUUUCGAAGUUGUUGCUGAUUUUGAUGGUUCGACUAUGUUUUUCCUUCAUGGAAGGGAAAAGGGUGUGGAUUAUGUGUAUCCUGGUUUGGCUAAGUCGAUUGAUAAAUUUUGCAAUAUAUUGUUGCUUGAGGUUGAGCCGGAGAAAAAUAAAAAUGUUGGUUCUUUGUUGGAGAGUAAGAGUUUUGUGCAUUCGUCGGGUUUGGAGUUGUCUAGGAAGGUUGGUAGGUCGAAUAGUGAUAUUUGUAGGUCACAAAUUGUGAUGGGAAAUAGUGAGGGAAAUGUUAGCUUUAGCAGAUUAGCUUUUUCUGAUAGAAGAAAGUUGCUUGAGGUUACUACUAGCCAAGUUCGACAAAAGGUUAUGGAUGCGGUGAUAGGACCGUUGUUUCCUAGGUUGAGGGACGAUGAGGAAAACUUUCAGAAAGAUUUGGUGCUCUUGAGGGAAAGGAUACUAGUCCUUAGACAAAUACACAGGCUUGGUUGUAGUGAGAUGGAGAUGGAGGAUUAUAAGGCAAAUUCGCAGGGUGUAGUUGGUGCAACACAGUUAGACUUCGAUGAUAAACGUUCUAGGGCCGUGCCUGAUUCUCUGUUUGAGGAGGAUGGUGGCGUACAAUGUGUCAAGAGAAAAGGAAUUCGCGGAUAUUUCUGGAAUAGUCUUAAACAUAUUCUAGGAAGAUCAAAUUCAGUUAAUGACAGUCAUUCAGCUUCCAAGAAGCUUACUACAAACGGUGAGAUUAGGCAUGCUAGACUUCAAGAGUUUCUUAGAUCGAGUGACACAAUAAGACUAACUUUGAAUGCCUCGAAUAUGAAACUGUCCUCUUAUAGAGCAUGGCCGAAUAUGCACGACAGUAGGUAUGCACUUUACAAGUUACCUUUGCGAGUUCCUGGUGCUGACCAUGAAUAUGCUGGAUUAUGGGGAGGUGCUUUUGGUUGGCCUCCCGGGAAGCCUUCCGAAGACAAGCCUGGAAAGGCUUUGUUUUUUCUUCUCCUCUCUUACGAGGAGUUUCAGGGUCAACAACUUCUCAUUGCAACCAAAAUAUUGGAAGGCACACACUAUGUCUUGCAUCCUAAUGGUUCCGCAAUGUUUAUAGCCAAUGUCAACGAACCUUCCUCCGAACCUUUUCCUUGGAACACUGAUGCAGAUUCAUUGCCGGUGAAUAUCAAGCAUGCUUUCACCGGAGAGGGUAUUGCGAGUGGUUAUGGGUUUAGAUAUCCUGGAUCAAAGCCAGGCUCACUCUUUGUUUUUCAUAAUGGUGUAAUUGCAUUCAUUUGGAAGGAAACAAAGGCGGUGUUGACCUUGCAAAGACUUAACUUGCAAGAACUUUUGAAGAAGGGUGAAAGAAUACCUUCUCUACUUCCCAUUGCCAACUUUUCAUAUCUGACAAAGUCCUACUCGAAUGUGUUUGCCGGCAUUCCCACCUCUUCCAGUUCUCUGUCUUCACCAAGGAAAGGACGACGCUAGUAUAUUAAGCUUCGGAGGCGCGAGAUUGUCAUUGCUGGUGUUUGUUUACUACCGGCUGUCCAGGAAAACACUUCCUUGGUGAUUUCUAGUUGUUGCUUAUUGAAACCGUGAAGUAAUGUAUUAUGAAGUAAAUUUCGUGAUGAAUUGUCAUAUCAUAAUACUCUUUGUUGUAGUAUAUAUGGGAGAAAGUAUAGAAUAAAGAUGUUCUACAUUAUGUAUAAAUUGACAUGUUGUGUGCCAGACAAGUUACAUUACAUUUCCUUAAA